AUGGAGUACUACCAUGGAUCCAUACUGAGGAAAGGGAGUAUCACUAAUGUGGUUGGGGAACCACAAAAAACAACGUGCACUAUCAAACUUGUUGGAUUCGACGCAAGCAAAAAGAUUGCGGUCAUUAAAGUCGUGCGCAGCAUAUGCGGACUGGGUCUACGUGAAUCAAAGGAACUCGUAGAAAGUUUCCCGCGCGCAAUAAAAAAAGACGUCCCACGGGAAGAAGCGGAAAAGUUUGCAAAAGAAAUACAAGAAGCAGGAGGAACUGUCGAUUUGGAAUAA